AUCUCGAUUCUCGAGUCUGGAUGCAGUUUCAUAUCCUUGUCAAUAUGAUUAAUAUAAAUUAACAUUACAUAUUAUAGACGUUGACAGACAACGUUGAUUAGUAAUAGUAGUAGUAUCAGUGUGAUCCAACCCUCAAAACUAGUGUUAAUUGUAAUCACUGAUAAACGUAACAGCAAAGAAAAAAGAAGAAAAAAGAAAAAAAAAUAAAGAGUUGUUGAAUUUGCCAACCAAGCUGGAUUCACCAAAACCAUGAAUCCUUCUGUGAAUCUACAGCUACUCAGACUGCUUGGGCUUUUGGUUUUGGGCUUGUUGGGACAACUGGCGGCUGUUAACGGCGGAGGUGGUGACAGUGACUCAAACUCCGACACAGGAGCAAUAUCUGCCACCCUCUCACAGAUUCUUCCACCUAAUGGCGAAAGCUUCUUUGGAAAGCCUGCUGGAAGAGCUUGUGAUGGUCGUCUUGUCAUAGAUUUUAUUGCUGAGGCAUUGAGGUUACCUUACCUUAGUCCUUACAUGGAUUCACUUGGGACUAAUUUCAGACAUGGUGCCAACUUUGCUACUGGAGGUUCGUCUAUUCGGAAAGGAGGGUAUAGCCCAUUUCAUCUUGGGGUUCAAAUAGCACAAUUCAUGCGUUUCAAGUCUCUUUCCAAUCGACUCAUUUCCAAUAGUAGUAGUGGUGUCUCAAAAGGCAGGCUUCCAAGAGCAGAGGACUUCUCAAAGGCUCUAUAUACUUUAGACAUAGGACAGAAUGAUUUGGCCAUUGGCUUACAAUACUCUAGUGAAGAACAAGUCAAAGCUUUCAUUCCUGAUAUACUUGGCCAAUUAUCUCAAGCAAUACAUCAACUAUACGAGGAAGGAGCCAGAUUCUUUUGGGUACAUAACACAGGACCUAUUGGUUGUUUACCAUACAGUGUUAUAUAUUACAAAUCAAAGACAGGUAAUCUGGACAAAAAUGGAUGUGUGAAACCUCAAAAUGAAGUGGCUCAGGAGUUCAAUAGGCAGCUUAAGGACAUGGUUUUAAAACUCAGAAGACAAUUCCCUCUUGCUGUGUUUAUCUAUGUCGAUGUCUACUCUGCUAAAUAUGCGAUAAUUAGUCAAGCAAAGGACCUUGGUUUUGUUGGUCCAAUGGAGUUCUGCUGUGGCAGCUACUAUGGCUACCAUAUAGAUUGUGGGAAGAAAGCUAUGGUGAACGGAACACUUUAUGGUAAUCCUUGUAAGAAUCCGUUAAGGCAUAUUAGUUGGGAUGGCAUACACUAUUCUCAGGCUGCAAAUAUUCAGAUUGCUAAAAAAAUUCUUAAGGGUAAGCUUUCUGAUCCACUGGUUCCGAUUGGGGAAGCUUGUCAUUAUCCCAAGAGUAAGGCUAGUGGUUCACCAUAGUUUCUAUGCUUGAAAGCUCUUAGCUAGAGUUAAGAAGAUACUGCUUCUAGCAUUACAAUGUUAGAUAAUGUUAGACAAUAGGGUGUUUGUUUCAUCAGCACCUAAGUUGGAAUUACUUCAUCAGAAUAAUAAAGCCUAAGGCAUUUCAAUGGGAAGAAAAUAGUCUCUUGUUGUAUUCUUCUUCAGAGUUCACUCUUUUUCUCAUUUGGUUUGAUAACAAAAGCUAAUAUAAUGGUCGACUUGGUUAAAACCAGCUAUUUAUUAUACAUAACAAAUUUGGAAUUUCACUUCCCAUUAUGGAAUGUUUUUGGCUCUGAUAGUUUCUUGUAGCGCUUUACAUUCGAUUCAAUCUAACAUUUUUUUCCUAAUUCAAUCUUUAAGCCCCAAGUUUGUUU